AGGAGUGAACAUGUACGCCAUGCUGACCGGCAGCCUUCCCUUCACCGUGGAGCCCUUCAGUCUCAGGGCUCUGCACCAGAAGAUGGUGGACAAGGAUAUGAACCCUCUACCGCCCUCUCUCUCUACAGCGGCCAUCUGUCUAAUGAAGAAGCUGUUAGAACCAGAUCCAGCUAAGAGACCCAACAUCCACCAGGUCAUGUCUGACUCCUGGCUACAACUGGCUAACGCUAACACUGGAGCACCCUACCUCAACAGGAUCCACAUUGAGGAGAUCAACCACAUGGUAUUACUGCAUAUGACAGAGAGGAUGGGCUACAAACACAGCGAGGUGCUGAGUGCCGUGCUCACCAACAGAGCCUGUCACACCCUGGCUGUCUACUUCCUGCUCAACAACAAGGUGAAGAGGCUCUCCAAGGAGUACAGG